AUGGGGCAAGACACCGGCACGGGCAGCCCGGCUGCGCAAAGCGGGCUAAUCGUCGACGUCCUGCUGAGGCGCUUGGCCGACGCCGAGUGCGCCGAGAGGAGCGCCGAGGAGACCGCGGCAAUCUGCGAGAGGAGCCACAGGACUAUCGAGCUCCAGCGGGACGGGCUCGAGGAGACCGUGGCGUCGCUGCGGUCGCAGAUCCAGGAGGAGUUCCGCGAGUCCGAGCGCAGGCUGGGGCGGCUGCACGAGUCCGAGCGUGCGCUGGAGCGCGCGCGGGCCGCGGAGCUCCGCCUGUCGGAGGAGGCGGUGCACGCAGCCCAGGCGCGCUCGCCGAGCCCCUCCGACGAGGCGGCCGGGGCGGGUCCGCUGGCCGAGCGCGUGGCCACCCUCGAGGAGCAGCUGCAGGCGGCGCGGGGCGAAGGCCGCGAGCAGCGGGAGGCCAUGAGGCGGCAGGCGCUGGAGGCGGCCACGGAGAAGGACCAGCUGCUGUCGCAGCUCGCCGAGGCGGAGGAGGAGGCGCGCAGGAACGCGGCACUGGGGCAGAGGCUGGACCAAGCGCAGAGAGCGGCGGCCACGUCGUGUGAGGAGCGGGACGAGCUGGCGCAGCGGCUGGGGGAGGGCCACGAGCUGCGCCAGCACCUCCACGACGUGCGCGGCAAGGCGAGGCUGGAGCAGGCCGCCCUGCUGGCACAGCUCGCGGAGGCCCAGGAGGAGGCGUGCGCGCAGCGCGCGCUGGCCCAGGAGGCCCGCGAGAGCGAGCGCGCCGCUGCCGACGGCGCCGCCGCAGAGUGGCGGGCUGCGUGCCGCGCGGUGGCGGAGGCCGAGGAGGAGGCCCUCUGCGAGCGCCAGCUGCGGGAGGAUGCCGCCGCCGCGGAGGGGCCGCGGCAGGGACGUCCCGAGGCGUCGCGAGAGGCGCUCGACGCGCUGCGGCGGCGGCUGCAGGCUGCCCAAGGCAGGCCCCUGCCCGGGGGAACGCUCGAGGACGUGCGCGCCCAGCGCCACGAGCAGCUCGCUCGGCGGCUGCGCGACGGGCGCGUCCGCGCCGACGUGCGGGCGGCCGCGGAGGCGUCGACGCGGCUUCUGGACCUGGCGGCGCCUCCGUGGCUCUCCCGAGGGUCUGCUAGCCCAGAGCCCGUCGCCGCCAGGGCCACGGAGUUCGCGUCCGAGCUCCUCGAACCCACCAUCACCUUCGGCUCCCAGGAGGCCGAGGCCUCGACGGCCAGCCACGAUGCCCAUGGCGCACUCGAUGCGGAGGCAGCCACGCCUGAGGGGCAGCGGCAGCCCGCUUGCCUGCCGGCGCCGAGUCCUGGCAUCCCGGGCGCGGCCUCCGCACUGCGGGAGCUCUGGUGCGCCCAGCGAGAGGAGCCCUCGAGAGUGUGCCAAGCAGAGCGGGUGCCCGAGGUACGGUCGCGAAGUUUGGCUCAGCGUGUCACGCUGCCGGUUCCGGUCCACCACGCUUCGGCGGUACACGCUGGCCACUUCCCG